AUGAAUACGACGUCGGGUCGUGUCCCUCAUGACUUGAAAGAGUUGCUCGACUCCUUGGUGGAGCACACCGAAGAUGAUGGUCGGCCUGUCCUGUACUUGAAGGACGAUGGAGAGGAGCUCCAGGUUCAGGACGAGUGGGACCAGCGAGAAGAGCUCCAAACCCAGCAGGCACGGCACCGUGACGCCGAUGCAAGGACUCGCGCGGAGCUUGAAGCGUGGGGAUGCGAAACGGACGUCACAGGGGCAGUUAUUCGAUCUGGUGGGAGAUCACAAGACUCGGCAAUGGGCGUCGGGGGCAUAAUUGCUUGUGAAACGCGUGUUGCGCCGUUCGACCUAGUGUCCGAUGAAGAUUGGCAGGUUGUUUCGGACUUGCAAGCCGACCAGAGGGUUGUGCGUCAGCUGGUGUGCGUCAACGGCAUCGAGGCGGACGAGCUGACGCUGGCGGAGGUGGGUGUCGAGGGCUUGGCGUGGCGGCGCUCUGGCCAUUCGUCCGUUGGUGCUUGGUUGUGGUGA